CUUAGGAUUGAAGAUGCACCUAAUGCCGUUGGUGAGAGGGGAUGACAACCUAUAUAACUGUCCACCACCGACUGCUUAGCAAACUCUUGUCGAGUGACCAGUGCUGUGUUAAACUUCGAACGCCAAUCAGCAGAACAAGAAGACGACCAACAGGAUGAAACUAAUCGUGGGCCUCUUUUUGGUAGCCACCGCUUUGGCUCUACCACUCCCCGAAAGUGAAGAAAAUAAAUCAGGUGUACCUCUAGUCAUCGCUGAUUAUUCCUCAGUCGCCAAAUCCGAAGAAAACCACCACCAUCAGCACCAACACCACGACUCCUCCCAGUCAUCUUCGGAAGAAUCCACCGAAAAACCCAGCGAAGAAGCCAGACCCACAACAGAACCCGCCAAAAGCGAAGAAAGCGAAGAGAAAAGCAGCAGCAGCAGCGAAGAAAGCAACGAAAGCAAACCCCUUCAAGAUGAAAACCCCACGACCCAAGAACCCAAACGCGAAGAACCCAAAAUCGAAGAACCCAAACCCGAAGAAAAACCCCAAGAACCCGAAAUGAAGAAAAUCGAAGAACCCAAACCAAUCGAAGAAAAGAAACCGAUCGAAGAAAAGAAAGAAGAAAGCGUCCCUGCUGUCAAACUCAUCAUGGAGGGUUCCGAUGUGGUCCAAGCCGCCAAGAACACGGUGGCGGUGGCUGAGGAGUCCGCCCCCGCGCCCGCCUCCAAGGCCGAGACCUCGCCGCCCCUGGAAGCCACCACCGAAAAAAUCGAGAAACCGUUGGCCCUCCCAGCCCUUAAGGCCGAAGAAGCAAAACCAGAAAUCAAGGAAGAAAUCAAGCCAGAGCCUGAGAAAAAACUAGAAGAGAAAAAGGAGGAGAAAAUCGAAGAAUCAACCGAAGAAAAGAAGGAAAUCGAGAAGAAGGCCAAAGCUGAGGCCGAAACGGAGGCCCCGAAAGCACCGAAACCAGCAGCCGAAGCAGUGGCUACGAAGAAAGACGAGGCGUUACCGGAAAAACUACCGGAGCCGGCUAGUGCAAGUUCUUGAAUAUGAAUGACUGACGAGAUCCGCUUGCCCCCUUAUUCCGAUUGGAAAUAAAACUUAAAUAUUUGGGAAUAGUUGGGCAACCGGAACUCGAGUAAUUUUUUUUAUUUAUGUCGCUCAACCGGAAACGCCGCCGUGUUUUGUUGUAAAAACCGUGUUGUUUUUUAUGCUCCACCGUAAAUUUCCCGUAAUUUUUAAGUAUUUUAAAGCUUUCAAUAAAGUUUUAUAAAUA